AUAUCCUUUACUCUGCUUGGACCACCUGCUGCUUCUGCAACCAGUAUCCACACCCAAGAUGGGCAACUGUGGUACUAGAGAGGAAUCUGCUGUUGUCACUCAUGCUCAAGUUCAGCAGCUUCACAUUGUAUCUUCAUUGCCGGUGAAAACUGCUGCUUCUGAUAAGAAGCACAGCCGCACAGUAUCACAUCUGAGCGAUCCUUCAACUCCCCGUAACCUAGAAGAAUCGAGGAAGAAUUCAGUGCUCUAUACUCACGUAAUCGCCUUCACGUUGUACGAGCUCGAGACCAUAACCAAGAGCUUCCGCGCAGAUUACAUUCUCGGUGAAGGUGGUUUUGGGAUUGUGUAUAAAGGCUACAUUGACGAGAAUGUGCAGGUAGGGCUUAAGUCUCUUCCUGUCGCCGUCAAGGUUCUCAACAAGGAGGGUCUUCAGGGCCAUCGCGAAUGGCUUACUGAGGUCAACUUUCUCGGCCAACUUAGACAUCCCAAUCUUGUUAAGUUGAUUGGGUAUUGUUGCGAGGACGAGCACAGAUUACUUGUUUAUGAAUUCAUGUUCCGUGGAAGCCUUGAGAAUCAUCUCUUUCGAAAGGCUACUGCUCCAUUGACAUGGUCCACCAGAAUGAUGAUUGCUCUUGGAGCAGCAAAAGGGCUGGCUUUCCUACACAAUCAUGAAAGACCAGUUAUAUAUCGGGACUUCAAAACUUCUAAUAUACUGUUGGACUCUGACUAUACAGCAAAGCUUUCAGAUUUUGGGCUUGCAAAAGCUGGACCACAAGGUGAUGAGACCCAUGUAUCAACUCGAGUGAUGGGCACUUAUGGUUAUGCUGCUCCUGAAUAUGUAAUGACUGGUCACUUGACUGCUAGGAGUGAUGUAUACAGCUUCGGGGUUGUCCUUUUAGAGCUUUUAACAGGAAGAAAGUCUGUUGACAAGACGAGACCAAGCAAAGAGCAGAGCCUGGUGGAUUGGGCUCGGCCAAAACUUAAUGACAAGCGAAAAUUGCUUCAAAUAAUUGACCCAAGAUUGGAGAACCAAUAUUCAGUUAGGGCAGCACAGAAGGCGUGCAGCUUGGCUUAUUAUUGCCUGAGCCAGAAUCCUAAAGCAAGACCUUUAAUGAGUGAUGUGGUAGAAACUCUGGAACCUUUACAAUCCACAGGGGAUGGUGCAAGUGAAAUAUCAUCAUCACUACAGCCAACUCUAACUGGCGGCAGCAGUGGUUUUGCAAUGGGAGGGGUCCCUGAUUACCGAAUGCGUCACAGGUUUCCGAAUAAUGUUGGCCCCGGUGCAAUUUGUAGGUCACCCAAUCCAAAUUGUUCCCCAGGCGGCCCUACAGCAUGCAGGGUUAGAUGAGAAGUUUCACCUGUAUGUACAGGUCUCUGGUGUGUCUCUUCUGAAAACGUUCCGAAAACUCUGAAAAGAAAAGGAGUGCGUUUUGCUUUGUUCUGGUUGAUGUUCACUGUAUCAUAGAGAUCCCAAGUCGCUGUGCUUGUAUAAACUCUAUUGCUGUGUUCACUUAACAGUGGAAGUUGUGUAAUCCCUUCCUUUUUUAAAAAAAAAAUGAUAAAACAUGGGAAGGCUUCCAUUUUUAUUGGGGUGAAAACCAAUUGACCA